CAAUGAUCUACCGUAUAUGUAUACCUUGGAGCUCUUCACCACUCCUUCUUUGCCUCCGUCCAGCUUUCUCUCAUUGCCCCUGAAACCUCAGGAUUCCCAUUGUCAUUGUUCUCCCUCCAGUUUCGUACUACGUUCCUUACUCAUCGUCCAGUUUGGCAGCUGAUUUGUACCACGGAGAUGACAACCAACGACCUCAGAUCGUGCAGCUCGCAAACCAGCCAGAAGUCGGUGCCGGAAAUGAACCGGUUUGGAGAGAAGGACAUCUAUGCGCGAGCACGGGCGGUAUCGCCAUAUUCUCGAGGUCUCAUACUCGCUCCCGAUGGCAAGACGGUGCUUGAUCCCCAGCCGUCCAACCACCCAAAUGACCCCCUCAAUUGGAGUCGCAGCAAGAAGCACAUCACUCUCUUCACGAUCACGCUGAUCUCGUGCCUCACUGACUUCGGCUCCGCCAUUGGCAUUCCCACCGUCAUCCCUCAGUCUUACGAGUGGCAGAGGCCUCCGGCAGAAGUCCAGCACAGCCUGAGCGCCAACAUUUUCUGCCUGGGCGCCGGCGGCUUUGUCGCCAUCCAACUGUCGGAAUACUUUGGCCGCCUGCCCGUCCUGCUCGUCUUCCACACGCUCGGCUUGGCCACAGGCAUCUGGUCCGGCGCCGCCACCAGCUACGACUCGUAUCUUGCGGCCAGAGUGCUCAAUGGCUUGUUCUCCGGCGUCGCCCAGUCCGGCGGCCUAAUGUGGAUCAAGGAAAUCUACUUCUCCCACGAACACCCUCGCAUGAUCAAUGCUUGGGCCGGCCCUGUCAUCGUCUCUCCCUUCAUAGGCCCCAUGCUGGCGUCGUUCAUGAUGACCACCACGUCCUGGAGGUGGCCGUUCUGGCUUUAUACAAUCCUGAACGCCAUUGCGCUUGUUCUGGCUGUGCUCUUCCUCGACGAGCCGCUGUUUGAUCGUGAGACGCCCAACGCCGAGCGUCUGGACUGUGGAUCAAGAUGGCAGCGGCUGCUUGGCAUCCCGCAAUGGAGAUCGCGACACCUGAGACCUGGCCUUCUCUCAUGCCUUGCACGUCCGCUCGUCAUCCUCAACAAGAUCCCGCUAUUGCUGAUCCUGCUCUGGGGCUACUUCAACUACGCCUGGGUCAUCGGCGUCAACACCACCACAGCUAUCUGGCUCACUACAAUCUACCACUUUCAGCCCGUGUCUCUGGGCUGCUUCUACUUCGCCGCCCUCGUUGGCGUCGGUCUCGGUCAGAUCGGAGGCCACUGGCUCCACGACGCUAUUGGACGAUGGUUUGCCGCACGACACAACGGCAAGAUCGAGCCAGAGGCGCGCCUACUCUUGUCCUAUCCCGCUAGCGCACUCAUGUUCGUCAGCUUGGUCAUCCUGGGCCUCGCACUGCAGAACACGUGGCAUUACAUGGUCAUCGCGGUCUUCUACGGCGCGCAGCUGUGCGGCCUCGAAGUCGCGAUCACGGCCAUCUCGGCCUUCAUCGUCGACGCGUACCCAGAAGUCCCGGGCGAAACUGGCGCCUGGCUCAUUCUUGUGCGCACCACGGGAGGUUUCAUGGCGAGCUACAUUCAGCUGCCAUGGGUCCAGCGUGACGGCGCCGCCGUAGCCCUGGGCGUCCAAGCAGCCAUUGGCGGCUUCACCACAUUGCUCUUCCUCGUACUCUCCUUCUUCGGCAAGCAGAUCAGGCAAUGGCAAGGCCCGGUCAAUGUCUGAGACUGUUGAACCUCCGCACGAUGAGGCACGCGUUCUACUUUCUGCAGUCUUGGAUUCAGGAGGUCUGAUCCACGCUUUGAGACCUUCCUCUUUUAUCAAGGGGAGGAACAUUCCGGCACGUCGCUACAUGUCUUUUUCAUUUCUCAUUUCUUGCAUGUUCGAUACCUCAUAAUUAU